UGUUUACUGAAAAGCUUUGUUCGAUUUCUUCGGAAAAACCUAUGAAAUUCUCAAACAUUUUCUCAUAUUCGGUCAAAUCAGUCUUUUGCCUACCAAAAUCCAAUUUCCAAAACUGAUUUUAAGCUAAAAUUCAAGCUUUAUUUCCUCAAUCAAAAAUCAAAAAGUCUAGCUCGUUAGGUUCGGCUAGAUUCGGGCCGAGUAGUUCGGCUUUCGAAUUUGAUGGAGUACGUGCCUUCGUGUUGCUGUUGUAUAUGAAGUGAACAGCAGAAGCAUCAUAGGUGGCGUUGUUGGGUGUUUUGUGUGUUGAUUCGGGGUCUUUUGAUAUGACAUGGCAACCAGGGUCAAAAAGCAACCGGCAGCUACCGUCACCGCCGCCAAGGAGAUAGUACCGGUACCUCAACCGACCAAAAAUGAGGUACCGGCAACCGGUACUGAUACACCAAUUACUUCUCAUGAGGUUGCGGUACGCAAAAGGGGCCGCAAGCCCGGAAUCAAAAAGACUGUGGCGUUCAAAGCCAGAACCAAAGUCGUUAGGAAAAGGAAUUUGAAAAUUAAUCCUAAGAAUUUGGCCAGGGUGCUGAUGGAGAAUGGUAAAGGUCUAACCGAUAAGCAAAUCCUUUUGAAAAAUGGCACAAAAGAUGUGGUCAAACGAAUCCGCAAGCCAAAAAUCAAACAGAAUCCCUCACCAGAAGGAGCAGAACAAAGUACACCGGUGCUAGAACCAAUUUUCCCACAAGAAGAGAACCUGGAGGUUAAAAAAGCAAUAAGAAAACGUGGCAGGAAAUCUCAGAAAAUACCCGCUCUGAUUGCCAUCAAAAAAGAACCCGAAGAUGAUUCGGUGGGUAGCACCAGCGAACCUACGGUGGUCAAAAGGAAAGCUGGCAGACCAAGAAAACCCAAACCUGAACAGUCAAUGGAAGAAGUAAUGACCGACCUUUCGUUCCUAAUCGACCCUAGCCGAAUAAAAAAAGAAGUCGUAGAAGCACCCAAACCAAAAAAACUAACCAAAAGACAAAGGUUGGAAUUAAUCAAAAAAGACUUGACGAAAAAAGAGAAUCUAGAAAACACCCUCAACAAAUUAGACGCAGCUGAUGCAAAACUAAUCGACAGACUAGAUUUAAACGUAAGAAAAUUCAAAACAAUAUUACCAAAAGUCAAAAGACGACACAGCAUUGAGAAAAUCCCUAUAACCGGAGACACGGUUUUCAAUCAGCUUCCAAGAAGCCUGAGCCCGAAAACAUCCAAAAGAACCGCAAGAUUGUUGAACAAACCUUAUACUACUCGAUCAGAUUCACCUGCAAGGAUGUUACGAAAUGGUAAACAUAGGAGAUUGAAAGAUUUUGUUUUGUUAGAAGGACUAGAGGGACCUAAAAGAAGAAAAAGAGUACACUCGGAUUUAAGUGGAAGUGAAACAGCUUCAAAAUUGUCUGGAUAUGAAAGUGAUAGCAGUUAUUCGGAUAUGGCUUCAUUGCACGAUGGUAACAAGGACAUUGACAGUCUCCUAUUGGACGAAUCCUCGAACGCCCCCACUCAAAUCGACACAAACUCGAACGUUUGCGACUCAAAAAUGCCAGAAAAAAACCUUCUUUUGGACAUAAUGAAGCAAGCAUUCAACGACAUGAGCAACGACAAACUACCUGUCGAAAAACUACCUGUCGAAAAACCUUGCACCUCAACUUCGACCGAAGAACAAGAAUUGCGACAACUGCUGGAACAAACCGAAGAAAAACAAGCUGCUGAACAAAUACAAGAGUGCAUCGAUAAUAUUACAAAUUUAGCCAAGGCAGCUUCAGAAGAGGCUCCAGUUUUGGAAAAACAAAUCCAAGACGAUUCAAUUCCUGUAAUAGACAACAUGUCAAGUGAACCACCACAAAAUUUAGAACAUUUAGGCCCGCCUCUUUUAGAAUCCAGCGUUGCCAUGCUGGAACAAAAACGUUCAUUUGUUGAUGAAAAUAUUGGCAUAGCUGUUGUGGAAAAAGACAAUGUUGUAUCAUUUCAUAUUGAACAUUUAAGUGGGGAUGAUGUAGAUGAACCUGAGACUAGUAAUGAGGAUUUGAAUCAGAGUUUGGAUGAAAAAAUGGAAGUUGAAACAGAGGAGAAAGUUGAAGAAGAUGUUCAAACAGAAGAAAAAGUUAUUGAAACCGAAUCUAAAGAAACUGAAGUUGAAGUUGAAGAAUCUGUUGAUGAAGUUGAAGUUAAACAACAGUGUAAUAUGAAGGUAUCUGUUGCUGAACCUGAAUGUGCAGUUGAGGAAUCGGUUGCUGAAGCUGAAUGUGCAGUUGAAGAAGCUAAAUGUGAAGUUGAAGUUGAGGAACCCAAAAAUGAAUGUACAUCAGUAGUUGAAGAACCAAAAAAUGAUGAAGCAACUAAGCAACCAGAAGAAGCUAAAACUAUUGUUGAGCAAGAUGAUAAAGUGGAUGAAACAGGACAAGAAAUUUUGACUGAAAAAGAAGAUUGUGAUAAAACUAGUGAGAAUAUAGAUGUUAAAAAGCCCGAAGAAACAGAAGCUGUAAAGGAAUCUCCGGAACAAUUAGCCGAAAAGGAGAGCGUCCUGGGUGCUUUGGGGUUGCAAAGUUUACGGGCGGCAAAAGAGGCGCCGCAGCCGAGGAAAAAGGGCAAAGCUUCAACUUCAAAGGCGGCAGCGGACUCGUAUACCGGAACUCUAAAGACUGUGAUAAAAAUUAAUAAGAAAAGGGGCAAGAAUUCGUUCAAGAUGACUUUGCAGAAGAAUAAGAAUAAGAGCGAGAAGGUUGAGGCUGCUGGCGGCACUGGAGAAGAUGGAUAUAAAGUUUUGAAAGAGGUAAGAACCUACAAAAAAUAA